UUCGGUAAAUUUAUCAAGAUUAUUUAGCUUUUCUAUCACGAAAAAAGUAUUAGACGAGACCCUGAAUGCACACCUUUAGAAAGUAGAUUCAUAUUAUGCAGAAAUAUGAAAAACUGGAGAAGAUCGGCGAAGGUAAUGUCAGCAAACUUUGCGAUUUUGUAAAUGGCCGGUAAUAGAUAUAUCGUUUUACAAUUAUUCCGCACUGCGCGGGAAAUUUUUUGCUUCAACGAUCUUUAGGAACAUAUGGAACCGUUUUCAAAGCUAAACACAAGGAAACGCAUGAGAUAGUAGCGUUAAAACGAGUGAGACUCGACGAAGAUGAUGAGGUAAGUAUUUUAAAAUUGUGCUGUGACACAUGUAUGUUUCCCUCUUCCCUGUUGUGUGUGAUUAUAAAUAACCUGGCUUACAUAUGUAAUUACGACAAGAUUGAAGUAGUUUUUGAACCUAGGGAAUAAUUUUUGCUUUCAGCUCUAAGCAAUAAAAGCAAAUGAAUUUAUGAAUAAAUGCUUUCGCUUUCUACACAGACCACUGUGAACUUGAUUUUUCCAUUUACUGUUUUCCUUGAAACAUUGAGUUAUACAAAACGAAAUUGUGGAAAGUUUUAUAGUCAGACCAUACCCACCAGCAACAUGUUGAUUUAAAUAAGACUCCUUCAUACACACCACAUGUACUUAUCUCUGUUGUUACGUGCUCACUGAAUAUAAUCAUAGAGUUUUAAACACAGUAUUGUUCUGCAAUAUAGGACAGCUUUUUAUCCAUAUGUUACAGUGACAAAAAUAUGGAUACUGUUGCCGUAGUAAUUCAAAUCGAUAGAACUUGUAUAUUUCUUCCUUAUCUUUGGAAGCAUUUUUUCUUUCUUUUCAAGCUUGGAAGAAAAAAUAAUUAUCAUUUUCCUGACAUGUGUUCAUGUGAUGUUCAUUUCAGGGGAUUCCUAGCUCUGCUUUGAGAGAAAUUUGCAUUUUAAAGGAGGUCAAACAUAAGAAUAUUGUGAGGUAAGAAAAUAGACACAUGGUAUCAUUGCUGCUGGCUUCAAGUGAUGUACAGCUGUGAUGCUCAAUAUUUCAGUGAGGGAAUUUAUUUGAUUUAUCAUUCAGAACAACUGUAAAUAUGCAUUAUUCACCAAGCAUGAGGUCAAGAUGGCUGGAUAUUGGCCAAGUUCUUUUUUGAGUUUUUUUAUCGACCAAGAGAAAGUUGAGGUCAAUAAAAGUGCGGAAAAAAACGAAGCCAAUAUACAGCCGUAUUGUCCAAACAUGCUUGGUCAAUACAGGAUUUACUAUUUUGCCAAAAAGAGAACUUUUUAUCGGGGGACCAAUGCAGGAAAUCCUGAGCAGGCGAGAUGGGUCCAUCUUGCCUGCUCAGGCAGCCAAUCAGAGCACAGAAUUCACUUCAUCUUGCCUGCUCACUGAUUCAGCCAGACAAUAAAAGGGUUUAUUGCAUUACCUCUCAAAUGUUGGUGGACAGUAGUCUGGAAAAUGGAUUCCCAUGCCUCAAAAUUCUAAGUACGCAGCUUUUUGUCAGAGUGCAUUAUAUCAGAGAGUAUGGUCCAUUUGCCCAAUUUAAGAAAUUAGUAACGCAAAACUUUUAUGGAUUUCUCAACUGAAAACUCAAAGCAGUGGUCUUUAAACAUUUGACUUGACAUUUGUAAUUUCAAGAAUUGAGCCUUGAGCCUUUAGAAUCCAAAUGCAAGUGUCUGUUGACUUACAUUUGAGUACGUGGUAAUGUAUUACACCAAUUCUGCAACAGAAAGCACUGCUGAGUUAUUAAUUUUCUCCAGCUGUUUCACAUAAUACCUUGUUAAAGGAUAAGGCUGCGGACAUGUCUUAGAUUUAUGAAAGUAUUUUUUAUUUACACAUAUAUAGACAUAUUGUUUUGUGAAUAAAAACCCAGAAAAAAGUCUGUGUAGGAACAAAAGUUAUGGAAUUAUAGUGUCCUAUUUGUUUUUCACCAUGAUGUGAUUAAUUUAUUGAACUGUGGUUGGCCACAGCUGCUUUUAUCACCAUGAAGUCUUUCUGUAAUUUCUUUUCAUUAAAAAGAUAAAAUAAUUCAUUCAGUGAAAAGCAAAUCUGUAUAACUUUAGUCAGCUUAUAUUAUGCCUAAUGUAUACAAUGGUGUUAUAUUUGUUUAUUGUAAAAAGAGAAAUCAAAGAAAACUACAAUGUAACCAUGUAUUAAUAUGAUGUAAAAAAUAAUAUAAAUUUUUUAAACACACCGUGAUGUCAUCCAGUUUGGAUCCAAGUAUCCUACAGGGCUUUUAUAUGAACAAUUUAUUUUGUCUGAUUUAAUUUUAUAUCAUGAACAGUUUAUACACCCGCAAAAAAACAAUUUUUUUGUGAACAGCCACUGCAAUUGGUCAAAGUUAGUUUGAUAUCAUCUGAAUCGAAGUACAUGUACAUGUGUUACUCUUUAAAUAUGCCUGCGUUAAUUUGAUAUCAUCAAUAAUAGCAUCAAACUUUAAUGAGCUCCUCUUGAAAGUGCACAAGCCGGGCAAAUGAGAAAUGUAGACUUACAAUGUAGACUUCAACUUAAAAGCCCCAAAGGUGACCAACAUCAACUUACUUCCCUACUAACAAUACCAAAACAGAAUCAAGAUUGAAGGUAAUGAGAAAUAAUAAAAUAAUCAACAAAGGAAAAAUUAAUGCCUUGAUCUUUCGUCAAAUUCUCCCAACUGAUUAUUUCAGUUGUAGCCUGUAUACCGAAGCGCGCCCCUCCCAGACUUCUUUUUAAGGGAAGGGGGGUGGGGGUCUGUACACAGGUUAGGUCAAUAACUAUUGGUGAUAAAAUUUUGUACCAAAAGAAAUGGACUGCUGAAAAUGAACUAACUAUAAGUUUUGUUGAUAGAUUACAUGAUGUGAUGCAUAGCGAGAAAAGGCUGACAUUGGUCUUUGAAUACUGUGAUCAGGUAAGACAGAGUUUGAUUGCUUUCUACACACACUCAGUCAAAAAAUAGCAUCAUUUGGAAAGUGCGUAUUUGUGUACAGUACCACUCAAAACUGAUUUACCAUGAUACUCUCACAAGGCAAGAGUCUCAUCUUUAAAGACAAAACUCUUGUCUUGCUAGAUGGUCGUAAGUGUGGUGUUCUACUGGCUGAGGAAAAAAAGGAGGGGAAAAUGUUUUUCUCACGCACUGAUAGGAGUGUGGAUUCCUGUGUCCACGGUUCUUCAGGUCACACGGUGUUUUAGAGUUUAGCUGUUUUUGUUGUCAUCUGCCAUUUCCUGACUUGCCUUGCCCACCCACCCUUCAUGUUUUUUUUAGGAUUUAAAGUACAUUUAGUGCCAUUGUUGUGGUUGUUCAUGUAUCUACAGCUGUACAUUGUCCUCUCAGUUUCUUGUCAGCCAUUUAUUAGCUCUUUAUGUGCUGUAAUACUUUUGAUUUGUGGUGUUGAUAUUAGACGUCAGGCUGCAUGGUUGGCUUGGCAUGACCCCCACUUGUACUGAGAAGUUCUUGUAUCAAAUGUCGAUAUUCGAUCCAAUCAGCAUAUGGCCAAUAGCUUUUGUGCAAGAACAAAAAGCAAAAAAAGCAAAUCAAAGCUACUGAAAAUGUUCUGUUACGAAAAUGACCAUGACCUAAUGGAGUUAGGGGGACAAACUGAUGAGCAUUGUAAAUUCAAAUGCUCUCUAGAAAAUUGUACAGUGCAGUUAAGGUUGCCAUUCAUACAUUUGUACUGUACCAGAUAGAUUUGUCAUGAAAAGUUACCCUGUAUAGUUUAGUCUUAUUUUGGAUAAAACUUGACGUGAAAUUAUUUUCAAUACCUUGUAGGAUCUCAAAAAGUAUUUUGACAGUUGCCAGGGAGAAGUGGAUGCAGCAGUUGUGAAGGUGCUGUUUUAUUCUAAAUUACUGUAAAUGUACAGUCAUGUAAUUUAUAUCGUUAAAAAAGUCCCGCUCAGUCAUCCAGGGAAAGUAGAUUUUCCUGCCAGGCAAGUAACUUUUCAUGAGUUCUCACUUGUUCAAUGGUUGAGGACCCAGGCAAGUUAUUUUUUUAGCUAAAUCAUAAACUAAGAUGAUGAUGCAAUAUUUUAUUCAUGUAACAUUUACAUAAAAAAGGCAGUUUUUUCAAACAUUUAGCUAUAAAAAAAUAAUUGCAUAAAACCUUUUCUUAAAAAUAUGUAAGAAUUUUUUUCAAAAAGAACUUAGGCCUAGCCUUAACACUCAGAGUGACUCCAUCAGUGCUAAACUCUUUGUUUAACUUGUAACAUAUUUUUAUGUUACUUUUCUUUGUAAUGAACUAUUGUUUUUCUUGUAUUUAUAGAACAUUCAUACCAUAUUUUUUUACUUGAUAAUGACGUCCAAGAACGUCAAAACGUCAUAUAUUUUUUAACUUUUUAAAAAAAUUCUGUAAUGUUGUUAACAUAAUUCUUAAUAGCUUUUUUUGAAGAUGAUGCCAGAAAUAAAAAACAGAAACCUAAAUUUUUUUAAAACCUAAUUUUUUUCUCGGGGGUGGGGGGCGGGAGUGGGGACAUGGGAUCUGCAGCUGACAUCAUCAGUGUGCAAGCAGCUAUACCUUUCAUGUGUUUAGCAAACCAAGUUAAAAUUAAUGCCUUCGUUGCUCUCUAGUCCUUUAUGUUUCAAUUGUUGAGGGGCCUAGCCUUCUGUCAUAGCCGUAACGUUCUUCAUCGGGAUCUCAAGCCUCAAAAUCUUCUCAUCAAUAAGGUAAAAAUAUGCCAUGAAAGAUAAUUGUUGAUUGUGGAUAAUGUGUAUAAAGGUUUCCUUUCUCACUUCUCUCACUAUUGUCACUAAUAAUUGAUCACUACGUUUCAAUCGCGUACUGCUGGUCUUCAUCAGGCGAUAGUGUCCAUGAGCGAGGUUCAUGACACACCAAUCACUAACUACCACGGUGGUACAUAUAGUCAUACUCAGUAAAUCGUCACUAUUGCCUGAUGAAGAGCAGCAGUAUGUGGUUGAAACGUUGUGAUCAGUACCUACACAUAUGUAAGUGACAAUCAUGAGACAAGUGAUUAACGAAACCCUCUAUAAGGUAAAAUAUACAGGUGCAGUGAAUUCAGAAAAAAUGUGAACUGCGCUUCAGACAAAUGUUAAUGAACCCCAUACUGUUGGAACAGUCAUAUCCUAGUUUUAUUAGCAUGUAGCACCUACUAAAAUAUUAUCAUUUUAGUUCCCCUCUGGGUCCGAUGCUUCAGGCAUGUUCCAUCACAGAGAUGCCUUCUGUAGUAUGUGUCCAGGGGCCAGUGUCUCGCCAUCCUGGUAACUCUUUGGCAAUGAAAUCAAAUUUUCAAUUCAAAAAUAUAAAGAGUAAAAGUAUGUACAGGUCCUUCCAGCCCUUUGUUUUAUUAACUAUAGUUUUAUCAAUGUAUUAUUUGCAAAACUAUUGAAACCUCAAUCUUGAAUGCACAGUAAACAACAACAGCUUUCUGGGCUGGUUAUUAAUUAUUGGGACUCUCAAGAAACAGGCCCCAGCACCCAUAAUUGUAUAUUGAUCCAUUUUAAGGGUUUAAACACUGAAGGGCCUAUACACUGAAGGGCCUAUUUUCUCAGCCCAAUGAUUAUUACAGCUAUAGCUGUCUUUACUGGUAGUAUAAUAUUAAUAUUAUUGGUACUACUUGUGUUCCUGCUGCUAAAAAAAACUAAUGUUUUUGAACUCUGUCUUUCUAUAGGAUGGUGAACUGAAGUUGGCAGAUUUUGGUCUUGCGAGAGCAUUCGGCAUUCCUGUCAGAUGCUACUCUGCUGAGGUGAACAAACCUUAACUUGCAGUCUUAACUUUUUCAUUUUUUCAUCCAUACAUGUAAUUAGUGACCUAGGGAGGGAGGCACUCCUUACAAUGCCUUAUACAAAGGAGGCUCUUCACAAAAGCGGUACAUAUACAUAAACCUUGUUCAGGCCUUUCAGCUGUAGGUGUAAUGCAAAAAUAAAGGUUUCAUGAGUUGAAGUAUAUGAAAGGGCAGGGAAAUCUGUCAAUAACAGUCUGUGGAAGGACCUAAAAGGGCCUAACAGAUGCGUCGUAUAGCUGUGGAAAGGACAGGAAAACUCCUUGGGGCUGGACACUUGAGUGAGUGCCCCCCCCCCCCCUGCCUCUCCAGAUUGGUGGUCACCUUGAUAUCUGUGGGUUACAUUUCUAAUUGAUGAGGAACUCCAUCUUCAGGUUAUUUACCUGGCACCUCUAAAGCGUUGAACCCUGACACACAAGGCAAUUUUCACGUUCUUGCAACCUUUUCACAAUUUAGGUUUACCAUUGCAAAACAAGUUCCAAGAGAAGUUCAAUGAUUUGGUUUUAUUAAGUGAGUUGGAAGAUUGGCCACCUUGUAGGGUGAUAGAGUAGCUGAAAAACGUGAUGAAGGGAUCACACUCGAAACGUCAGGAAAGAACAAUUCCUUGAAGUUUUGCCUUCAGCACAUGCCCAAAAAUAGAAACCUGUAGUUUUGCAUCAUAAAUGAAAGCCAACAUAGUCUUUAAUUAUAGUAGUUUUUCUCGUAUUUGUUUUGAGCGGUGAUCAGAAAACAGGUUGGCUCGAUUAAAACGGCCUUUUUGGCUUAAUCUCCAGGGCCAAUGUGUUAUAAAAGGGGUGUCUGGCGAGAGAUUCUAAAUACAGUUUUUUUUUUCUAACUUAACGAGACAUGUGGUUUAUUGGUGUGUGUAUGAUUUCUUCCUAGAAAACAUCUAUUUCUGUAGUUUCUUGGUUUUGCGGACGGCUGAAAUCACUAAAUUACGUAACACAGAAGAUUCAAAGAGCCAACAAUGGUUUCUGCAAGACCAAGAAACACCCAUUUCGUCUAGAUACUGAGGUGAACUAUAUUGUCUUUUUUGUGUGUGCAUAGGUGGUGACCCUGUGGUAUCGCCCCCCUGAUGUCCUCAUGGGAGCAAAGUUAUAUUCAACUUCAAUUGACAUGUGGUCUGCUGGAUGUAUAUUUGCAGGUGAGCUUAGGCCAAUGGCUGAUCAGGGAAUGGUCUAGAAUUUCUCCUCUACAAACUCAUGAAUUGACUUUUUUAAGCAUGAGGUCUGGAGUAAUAAAAUCAAAACAAACCGUUCGUAGGCAUUUUCACCAAGAUUCGGAUAGUUUCGCGAUAUUUAGAAGUUUCCGGGAAAUUUAGAAGUUUUUGGAGUAUCAAGAGUUUUUUUUCUGCACUUUGUGGUUUUUUUGAAAGAGGGCCACCUUACUUGUUACGACUUUACUUUUGUCUCUUGUUUUUUUUUUCUUUGUCUCGUGGCUGAUGGACACUAUACGUAACCUUUUUUCCAUCCCUGAAAGGUCCUUAGAAGACUGUAAAACCGAUGGAAGCUUUAGAAUUUUUUUUCAAAAGCAAUUUUCUCUGAAAAAUGUCUGUUAACCUUCUGCAAGACACUGACAAAAUACGAUAUUUUGCGAUAACCGAGUUCAAAAAUUGUUUUAUCAUUCGAUCACCGAGUUUGUUAUUUAAUGAAUAAAAUCAUGGAUUGGAAGUGAUCUGCCAUGCGCAAGAAGUGAGAAAAGCAUGGUUUUAUUUACGCAUGCCAAACACUUUAAAGGUGAUGUGACACGAGACGAUUCGCAACGACGAUUUUUAGCGCAACACUGUGUUGCAACAUUGUUGCCAUGUUGUUUCGAACUGUUACAACAUUGUUCCAACAUUGCAACCCUGUGGAGCUCUAAAAAUCGUCGUUGCCAAUCGUCCCUUGUAACAUCACCUUAAAGCCAAACAUUGAAGCCAAACACAGUUGGAAGAUAUUGCGUAUGAGCACAUCAUUAUUUGUAGGCCAGUUAUUAAGCCCAAUUAUUUGCAGGUCACGUAGUGGGCCCUCGAAUGAUAAUAACCGUUAACCGUGAAUGCGUCCGCCUAACGCAUCCGUGUUCAGGUAUGGGCAAUUCUUGCCCUUAGCCAUAUGUACAUGGGCGGAACUGCUUGGAGGGACAGAUAGGCUACUCAAAAACUGGGUGGAGCUAUAAUGCCACGGCUACAGCUGGAAAAUUAUGGUCGCCUUUUAUAUGACUACGGGCAAAUAUGUUCGCCUACCGUGAAUGAUCUAAUCAGACGCCUCUUUAAUUUUGGGACCCUAAGUGGCGGGAACGUUUAAUUGAUGGGAGGCUUUUAUUCUAAUAACUGUAACGAACUGCACAAAACUGAUACCGUAAAUGUCCGAAAAUAAGCUCCGGGGCUUAUAUUUUUCAAAGGCCCCUUUUUGAGGGGCUUACUUUGGGAGGGUCUUAUAUUCGGAGGGGCUUAUCUAUCGAGGAAAAUUUGCGUUUCAAAAUCGUAAAUGUAAAUGUAUAUCUUAUUAUCCACUUCCCUCAGGCCUUUUCAAGGAUAAUUUACAACACUGGUUGGGGGAAAUCGAUCGGGCUAGCCUUAUAGUUGGAAGGAAAUGUACCGUUUUUGCUUUGUUUUACUUUGUAUUUGAGGGCAAUUUCCAAGUACAAGCCUCCGGGGGGCUUGUAUUUGGAGGGGUGAUUUAAAGGAGGGUUUUUUGUGUUACGAGUUUGGGGGGCUCAUAUUUGGAGGGGCUUAUACACGGAGGGGCUUAUUUUCGGAAUUUUACGGUAUGGUUUCAGUGAGUAUAUCACCACGGUUUAUAAACGGCAGAUUAUCCAGUCCUUCUCUUGCUACGUCUAGGCCGUUUAGAGAUUUCUAUUGCUUUUUAAAGCUCAACUUCCGUGUCAGAAUCGUUAUAGCCUGCGUAGCAAGCGUUUCCGUGUGGUUUCGGACCAUGAAAGAAAGACCGAGGAACGACGAAGAACGGGAGUUUCGGUUUUGGCCGCGAAAAAAAUGGAACGAGAGUUAAAAAAUGAAAGAGAGGGGAGGGCGAGGGAAAGGAAGGGGUUUGUCAGCAAGCGUCUCCUUCCUUUCUUCCCCACCCCCUCCCCGCUCUUAUACUUGCCCCAUUUUUCGAGCUGUCUUUGACUCUCGUUCGACGUUCUUUGCUCCGAAACCGCACGGAAACGCUUGCUACGCAGGCUAGAAUCCUUACUUUGAACUUUUCAAGGAACAAGACGUUAUGCGCAAACUAUUAUUAAUCAAGCAAGAUAAUGAAUAAAUUGUUUUAUUUUGCUCUGUUUUGCUAUUUCCUAUCAUUUUGGAACAAUUGUCAUGGGGAACGUCUGUUAUAGAGGGGGCGUUUGUGUGUGUUCCAUCCCAAGGCAGGAAAGGUAUUUUCUUAGAGGUCCCUAUCUGAUGAAAGGCCUAAGCGUUCGCAUUUUUUUUACCGCGCUUGGCACCGGACCUGUUUUCCCGCGUUUUCCAAACGCUGGAUCUGAUUGGUCAAUUGCACCUUCCGCUUCUCCAGUUGGUUCUUGAGUUUUUAAAAUUUUAUGUUUGCUGUCGUUACAAAACUUUGUACCGUUUGUAACUUAAAUUUACCUCAAGUGGUAUCUCUUUCUCUCUCUUCAGAAAUGGCGAAUGGAGGUAGACCGCUUUUUCCAGGGAGUGAUGUCGAUGACCAACUUAGACGAAUUUUCAAGUAUCCUUUGUUAAGCAUAGUUCAUUGUCCAUGAAUCGUUUGUGUUGUUUAUCAUUUUAGUUGCUGUGCUGUGUUUGAUAAGGGCCGACUAUUGGACUUUUGAAAUGGAGUAUGGGUAAUUUCAGAAAAAAAUGUCCUGCAGAAUGAUUUCUAGGGAAAAAAAUAUCUUGCAAGGAAAUACGUGGAGAAAAAAUAUCCGCCCCCCCCCCCCUCCUCAACAGUCAAAUGGUCGACCCCGCCCCUAAGAAAACUUGAUAAGACGAAGUUGUAAUUCCAGAGAAACGGCAGCUAAGAAUUGUUUGUUAAAAAGUGAUUAGCAUUUGUUCUAGACGUUAUCAAAGUCCUUCAUAGUUUAUACUGGCAAUUUUUAGCGUCAAAGGCGUGACUUUUUUUUCGUGACAUCACCAGGAAUCUUUCUAGAUGAUCCGUUCAUAUCCGAAGACGUCCGAGGAUCUCCGAAGACGUGACGAAGGUGUUAACUUUUGUCCUCAAUGCUUUUCCUUCUAAAAUGAGAGAUUUCUUCAAUAGUAUACGAUCAUUCACACACACUUUCCUUUUCUCACAUUAGUUCAAGUUUAUGUUACUUUGCAUCUUUUUCGAAAAUUUCUCAGUUAAGACUGUGAUAACAUUUCUCUGACGUCAUUUCUAGGAAUCCAAUAUGCAAAUCCCGUUAAUACAAACACCGAGGGGUCAUGUUAUUAAAGUCAAAAAUACAAGUUUUCUUUGAAUAAACUAAUACUAAAGAAACAAAACAGGACAAUUUCCAGCAUCUAAUUAAACAUUAAACCUUCACAAAUCCGUCACUACGUGGACUAAGCCCAUGAAGACACCCAAAAGUCGUUCAUUUUCAAUAUACAUUAUUUUAUCAAAAACUCAUAACUCGCUUUAUGAUAAAAUAGUUUGAAAUUGACAUCUACGAUUCAUCCUAUUCGUUGUACUUCAGUGCUGGAAAUAUCGACAUGUUGUCAACUGAAGUUUAUUUUACCUUUGAAGGGAAAGGUUUAUUACGGCACACAGUUGACAAUGGAGUGUCCGCAUUAGCGAGGUUCAUUUUCUAUGAGAAUCUCUUGAUUGGAUAGGAAACAAGUGUCCUUUGUCUGCAUUAACGGGUGUCCGUAUUAUAAGGGUUGAAUUAAGAGAAAAUGUGAGGGCUUUUCCAGAGACAACGAACACUGUCCGUAACAAUAAGGUGUCCGUGUAAAGCAGCUUCUAUUUGCGCCGUCGUAUUUGCAUUUUUAGCUUAAAAACAUAAAUUGUGAUCGGGCAAAGGCGCGGCUAUAAACGCAUGCUGCAAAUAAAUCCACGCGGCCCUUAACCCUUUCACUGCCAAAUGUGGUCAACGGCAAAUUUCGACCAAAUUCCAAAUUUCGUUGUCGAAAAUUUUGACAAACAAAUAGCACCAUAUGUAAGUACAGGGAGAGAGCUUUCAUUUGGAUGGUCACAUCAUAGGAUUUCGUCUGCAGACUCAAAAGUUAGAGCCGCCUUACAAAACUCCAUCAGGUACUCUGGCAGUGAAGGGGUUAAAACGACAUUUACGAUUGCGGUUUCACGUUGAUUACAAACCUUUGGAUUAAAAUAGUUUGCAUACUAGCUAAAUUGGUUGCCAUCAUUCUCCUUAGACUAUUACACGGGGAAGUAGAUGAGGAUAACUGAAGAAAAGUAAACAUCUUUGGUUCAUGAUAAGCGUAUUUGUUAUUUCUAGGGUACGCUUGCCAGCUAGAGCAGGUGCCGGGAGAGUCAAGACAGGGCGGCUCCCAGGGUAAAGCAAAGCAAAUUACAUUAACCAAAUUUUAGUGCGGACCUUUAGAAUUAUUAAGAUUACUACCAACUUGUUGAUAAUUUGUUGGGUAUUUUGCCUGAAAUUGAGAGAAUUCACAAAACAUUGAACUUCUUUCUUCCGACAUCAAUAUUCCUUGCAUGCCAAAGUUGAUGGCGGUCGUGAUGUUUUCGAAUGAGAGAUUCCAAGACAAACAACUGCGACCACGUAGCCUUGAAAUUUGAGCAGCUUCGAGUCUUCCUAAGAGUGAACAGGAGCGGUUAUGGGCACGCGAGAGUUGAGUUAUACGGUAAAUGUUAUUCAUAUUCUUUUUUAUAAGAAUAUUGAGGAUGAUACUCACUAAGGCGGCAGUCUGAUUAAAAUCAUUGUUUUUCGUUUAUUUCCGCCCUUUUUCUUAAAUAUCUCGCCAAGAUUUCAUUCAAUCAAAAAAUGACUCAAUAUAGUUGGAGUCCUUAGUUCAAACUUUUUAUUUGAGAAUUUUUGGAUGAUUUUUCGAAUGCUUUUAAUGUAUAAAAAUUAGUGAGGGAUGGUUAAAAUUUUGGAAAAUUGGAAAACACUGGAAUUUGGGGUUGUUAAAAAUUAGAAUAUGAAGUGGAUAAUUGGUAGACAAGAGAUGAAAUGUCAGAUAUACCACCACAACAACAUAACUGGUUUAUGCGUAUACUGUUUCUACCCUAAAUUAUUUCCUUCCCAAAUCAACAUCAUUCCGCCCCCCACCCAAAAAGCAACAACCACACUGCCCCCUUAAUGAACAUCACAUCUAAACGAUAAGGCGCGCUGUAAUUAGACUGCAGGGAUACCUAAACUGAUCAUAUUUUAAUAUGGCUUGUAGAGCUGGCAAUCCAAACUGAAAAAAUGAAGAGGAAAGAAAGUCAAGGUUGUGGUGUCACUGAGAUUAUGAAAAUCGCUCCACAUUAUUCGCCCAAUUUUAUAAUAUUUUCUGUGACCUUCCACUGUAGUCGAAUUUAUAAAGGAAAAUCCUGAAACGUUUUCUUUCUGCUCUGACGGCGGAAAACCGAGACUGAUGAAUCAAAUUAGCGAAAUACGAUUACUUAUAUGAUAUUGGUUUUUGGUAUCUGCAGUUUAGAAUCUUGUUUGGACGGGCGACAAGGUAUACGAUAACCGCACAAUUCCAAUGACAUGAGAUUAGCGGAAUACGAAAAUCAUCUCACUCAGACUCUCACUCGGUUUUUGGUAUCUACAGUUAAGAAUCUUGUUUAGACGGGAGACUUUAUUACUAUCAUCACCAUCAUUAUUAUCAUUAUUAUUUCUUGUCAUUUUGUUCGUUUGAACGUUGAGAUGCAACUCAGCUUAAAGAAUAGUUUGUUUACCCAGGGGGGACUUUUCAUGUGCGGGACCUCUCACUGGCAAGCGUGCGAGAAAAAACCUCUGAAAUCCAGGGAAGGGUGUUUUAUCGCUGUUAUUCUGAACUAUAACAGAGUGGUAAACUGAACUACGCCAGGAUAAAGAAGCUAGAUUGUGGUACUUUUAUUUUUGUUUCUGUAGUUCAUCUUGUGCAAAGCAAUAGUCUUUUAACAACAAAAUCUCAGCCAAAAAUUAACAGACAAAGAUGAUUCCUAAGUAUUGAAAUCACAUUUUCUCACCAAAGGAAUUCAAUUUGGAGUAAAGUGAGGCACACAAGUUAACUUAACUGCAAUCCGUUUUGGUUUUAGGUCCAAUCCACACCUAUCUGAUGAAACGACUAAAUACGAUCGCCUAAUCCGCAACUUUUUGAAAACAUUUUUGAACACUAGCUUGUCGUUGUCAUGUUAUCGGAUAAAAACCGUGACGUUACAGUAUCCCAUUUUGUGCCAGAUACUAAGAAUGUUCCACCCUCACUUUAACUUGUCCAAUGCCCCUAGUUUAUGUCACCUCCAUUUACGUUAUUUGAAAUAAGCCCUCAGAGCGAUUAUUGGGGGAUUUAUGAUAAGAGAGAUAUUGUAGGCGUCAAAGAUGAGCAAAUUGAUUAAAAUAACUGCAGAAGACGGUAAUGGCCUAUACGAAGAGGCUCCGUCCGAAAGGGGUACCUUUUACAGGCUACAGGUAUAUGAAAGGGUAGGGAUUUCACUUGUUGAAGAAUAUUAAAGGGAAGGGAAAUCUGUCAUUUCGGUCUGUACAAAGGCCCAAAAGAGAUAAGAGAUGCAUUUUGAGCCUGUGAAAGAGUCGAGACAGCGUUCUGUUGUUGUUAUUUAUUCAUAUUUUGAAGACAGUGCAUUUACAGCAGUUGAAAGGGAUGCAAACUUCUAAACUAGGAAUAUGAAAGGUGUACCAUUUGUCAAUAGACGGUUCCUUAUUAUAGGAAAUUAACGAUGUACGUUAACAACGCGAAGGAAAUUAGCGCGAAUUUUCCAAAAGUUAAGUUUACAUAAAUCAAAUUAACGCGAACUUUUCGAAAACAAAGCAAAUCCCCAUAAAGGCAACCGUGCAGUGGGAGGAUGAACCGCGCCAUGAAAGUGUUACGAUGAAAGACUCUAGAACUCCCCUUGGCGAAAAGGCUCAAUACAAAGACCAGUCGAAAGACAUUUUGAACUCAAUUCUUAAAGAAGAGCUGUCAGAUAGCGACUCCGGCGCGUUGAUAGUGGAACUAUGGGCAGACGAGGUUUUGUUAUAGAAAUAGACGUGCUGUAAAACAACAAUGAUGUAAAAUAGUGUGAUUUAAAUUAACAUCGACGUAAAUUAAGAUGCAUUAAAUUAACGUCAAAAUCGCGUUAAUAAAACGCAUCGUUGAUUUCCUGUAAUAAGGUAUACGAAAGGGGUAACCUUUUCUGUCAGAAGUAGUGUAGAUAAAGGUAAGGGGCUGGACCUUGGGCGGAUCCUCCCCGUAAACUACUUUCUUGAGUUCCUCCCCCGCUCGGGGCCUUCCUUUAGACAGUAUAUAGAUAGGGUAAAGGGCUGGACCUCGGGGCGGAGCCUCCCCGUGUAAAACUUUCUUGAGUUCCCCCCUUCCCUCCCUCCCCCUCGGGGCCAUCCUUUAGACAGUAUAUCAACUUUGCUGCGUUUUCUGACGGUGGGCUUGGUAUAACCACUCCACGUCAUGUCUCACUUGUUUAUGUUGCCGCGAUAGUCUGUUUUUGUUAUCACAAAACGGACCAAAAUAUGUUAUGCUUUUUAAAGCUUUUAAUCUAAGAUGUAAAGAUUUUUCUCUUUGGUUUAGCUUCGUCGACAUGGAUAUUUAUCAAAGUUUCUAAUUGUCUUUUUGAGUUAAUCAAACAAUGAAAUCGCCGAAUUUUGACAACAUGCUGUGGAUACUCGACCAAACUUUCUACUUUUAUUAUUGCACUGAUUAUACUCACGGCUAGACAUCAUUUAGCAUUCAUGUAACAUCCAUUGGACAACUUCCGGUUCUGUCAUUGCAAAUGGUCAACGUUGCCAACAGUUGGGACUGCGUGCUUUCAACCAAUGAUUAGUUGUUGACAUUUGACAUCAAUAAAACGCCUUUAAUAAUAAAACUUUUUUAUUGUGAGCCAAACAUCUUAACCGCAAACAAAACUGACAAAACAUUAUUUCAACAUGAAUUCGCGUUCCAGCACUAUCUGGGGUGCAGGGAUGCUUAGCACGCUAUUUUUUAGACUAAGAAAAUGUUGCAUAAAAUGUUAGGACAUUUAGCCGCGGGCAAAGGGGCUUUACACUCCAUGGUAUUUUCCUUGCUACGCAAAUUAGUAUCCACUUUUAACCGGAAAAAGCUUUGAAGAAGGAAAUUAGUCCUUGCAGAAUUGUCAGCCUUUAAAAGGAGUGUAAUAUUUGGGAGUUUAAGCAACACCGACGGCGACGACCUCGAAAACGUCACUUAAAAAGUGAAUUGGCGCUGUUUCAAACUUUAUCGCGCUUGUUCUAUGUCGUUUGAGUCGUCAAAUGUUGGCAAAUUUUUUGAAGUUGAAUUCUAGAGGACUGUAUCAAAGUUCAAGAAAAGAAAAAGAAAGUUGCUGUCUUGUAUUCCCCUCCUCGAGAAAACGUGAAAUGAGGCACUUUAACGUCGUAGUCAUGUAACGAAGGCUAAGAAAUGCACAAAAAAGCGUGAUGCAUGUGCGAAGUUGUUGUUUUGCCAAUCUAAACCUGUUGCUUUUUUGCCGUUCGCGUUGCCGUCGCCGUCGUCGUUGCUUAAGCUCACUAAAAGCGAAAAAAAAAAUACAAAGGUUAAUAGGGAUCCUCCCUAAAAAAACCAUCGCACCUUGGGAAAGGUACUUGGUGUUAAGCAAGGCUCUUAGCUUAGGUAUAGAAAUUUUUUUAUUAUUUAUUUAUUUAUUUAUUAUUGUUUGUUUAAAUUUGUUAUGUUGCUAUAAUGUGCUUUCUCAUGCAAAGUAUUCGAUUGCGCGCGACAACCUUUGCGUGUUUUUUUUUGGCACGAUUUCAUAGUUGUUAGAUCAAAACAACAACAAAUUAAUGGCGUUCGCUUUUCUCAGCAUGCAUAUUUCCUAUUAAGGUAUUUCUAACUGAAUUUCCAUAUAACACCUUAAAAACUAGCCUUGACACAAUCCUUGGAAUAUGUCUUUUCUACAUGUAUAUUUUUUUUCUCUGCCGGUCAAUUUUUUUUAAGACGAUCACACAAGAUCAAGAGAAAUCAACCACUUGAGGAAAUCUGGCCUUUGUUCAACUUUUCAAUCCACUUUACGUUCCAGACCAGCCCAGACAAAGAUAAUCGACAAAGCUUUUGAAGUACAUCACAUUUUCUCAAUGCUCUCAAUGAAAGAGGAGAGUGAUUUGGGGGGAUCCUAAUACAAUGGGUUUUGUCUUUCUAAAGUUUUGCUUACAACGAAGUAAUGAACAUACAUAGGCCACUGUGUCCAUAGAGUAACACAAUUUCAACGUAAUAAAGUCGAACCGCUCAAAACCUGUUUCAUACGCGCACUAAACGGACUGGCCGAUGUGUUCUGCAUGCAUCGCAGAGGUGUCCAUAUUAUAGAGGUAGGAUUUCGGAACCAAGAAAAAAGUAUCUUUUGAAUAUGAAUCUAGUAAACAUGUCACGCGCAAAACAGAACAUCAAAAACAAAAAGUGCAAACAAUAGAUUGCACAAAAACAAUGGAUAAAAAAGAACAAAAACACAAACAAAUAAAUCACAGGUGCUUAAACACGGUAAACCUCAAAAAUUCCAAACGUCCGUGACUGUAUUAUGCGCAAGGACGGCUUUGUUUGCGUGUUUAUUGCUUCUUUUACGUGCGUACUUACUCAGCGGUUUCUUAUUGAUUAAUUAGUUCUUAAAUAGAUACUGUACCACUAUUAGUUACGGUCAGCUCUCUCUUAACGGACACCUAGAGUUGGUCCCUGCCUUUCUUUACUCAUUUUAGUCGACACUCUGAAAGACCGGCAUCUCUCUUAGACGGACACAUGAUGUCGGUCUCAGAGCUGUCGGUUUUAGAGACAGAUAAAUCUUUUUAAUUGUGCGUGAUUCCUUGCACGGCGCGCGCCGCGUCUCGAGUAUUUUCAGCCCUCGUCGAGGUGGUCUUUUUGCUGAUUUCUAAACGGCAUUCGGCCUCUCAAGUGCAGACACGACGAUUAAUUGUCUUUGUGUUGAAAAUAGCAACUUAGUUUCAUUGUAACGAAUUAGUGAUUGCCCAUACUAAUUAUCAGUUUGCUAAGGAAAGUGAGUUAUAAACAAAAUGAGUAAACACUUUUUUUGGCGAGUAUAGGACGGCUUUGGAAGUCGACAAGUCAUUGUGUGAAUACAUGUUGCCGUAUGGUUCAAUGUAUCAAAUCACAUUCAAAUGCCGCUAACUUUGACAACGCCGAAAUAACCUUUUGCAAAAUAAUAUGUUAAAAAAAACUACUAUUCUUGAUUACAGUUCUAUGUUCCCUAGUGCGGUUUCCUUUUAUAUACAUUGCUGUUCUGAUUAUUGUUGUUGGCGGUAAGUUUGGUGUGUUUCUCAGCUUUUUGCUUUGUUCAACGGGACAAUGUGGUAAAUAUGUACCCUGGUGGGACCCGCUCUUGUCUCCCUUCUUCAGUUUUACAUCUCUUUUAUCCUUCCCAAAUUGGUGCUUUAAGCCAUUUUAGAAUUAUUUUUAGCUCUAUAAGGGAGUGCUCGAUCAAUGCGCCUCUGUUCAGUUGUCUUUUAAUUAUGCUUUGGUUUGCUCCUUGACCACGCCCUAGAGUUUUAGGUCCACCAUCGGAAGAAACAUGGCCCAACGCGUGUAAACUGCCAGAUUACAAGGUACAACUUACUCUGAGAAAACUUUAAAUAGCGAUCUGCAGUCACUAGUAUACUUCGUUUGAAGAAAGUUAUCUUAAGCAAGGUACAACUUACUCUGAGAAAACUUUAAAUAGCGAUCUGUAGUCACUAGUAUACUUCGUUUGAAGAAAGUUAUCUUAAGUAUUUUUAAAAAUAUCAUUGGCUGCUGUCUUGUCAAAGUCCUUUGCUCGAGUUUGCGUGUCUAGUUUGAAACAAUAAGAUUAUAUCACUGAAUGUCUGCCUGGGUAAUUUGAUUAAUAAUACCAUUAAAAACUAUUUUUAACAAAACUGAAACGGUAAGUGCAAAAAUAGCAUCUUGUGUUUCUUUGGCGUGAGAAAUUUUGUCUCUGCCAAUUCUUCGUUUUCUUUGUUGGUUGGUUGGCUGGUUAAUUGGUUGGUUUUUUUUUGUUAUUAUCUUAUUUUCUCAAUUCGUCGCCACCGAUUCUUGGAAAACAACUUUCCCUUUGAGAAUCUGAUUUCCCAACAAAGUAAUUAGAUAUGAUGCUAUAAAGUUCAAUUUUUCUUCUGGGUUUUUAAAAAUUUAGCCACUUUUCAUGCCUCUUGGAUGCCCGGCUGGGGAAAACCGUAGGGAGGUUGACCGGGGGUGUCGAUAAAACUCCCAGUAUUUGAAACUUCGACCUCCUAGCGUGCAGAUGGUAAGAUACAAAGUGGUAGUGUUAUAAAUAUCUAUAAAUCAGACGAGACUUUGCAUGCGAAAAGAUCACACUUUCCAGAGGAAAGUAUUAAUCCAUUGAGUCCUUAGAGUUAUCAUCAUGAAGUUUCUCCUUGUAAUAUCAAUGCUUUAUAAAACAGGGUGGUCAUGAGAAGUGAGGACAUGAUAACUGAAGAUAAAACUUACUAAUACUUCAACAACUUCUCCUCACUACUUUUAUAGGACUGAAUUUGAAUUUUGAUAAAGGGUUAACUCGAUGAAGUUUAGUGGAUUACCUCCCCUCUCACAACGUUUCAAAUCAUAUUCUGACCUUCGCUGGUCUUUGAUGUGAGGAAUACUUUGGGUUUAUUGACACUUUUUUAAAAGAAGACGAUUCCUAAGAUUUAUUUAUAUCUUCAGAAUUGUAAACAAUCAAAAUUGUCCAAAGCAGUUAAGUGGUGUAGUGGUCCAGAGAAAGCAACUCCAUAGUAGAUCUCUUAGGGAUAAGUGUAAUUUAAAUGUAAAGGGUGCAAAGUCCUCCUUUGGGCAAAGGACAUUUGAAAAAGCUGCAUCCAAACAUUGGAAUUCGCUGCCUAUCUCGUUUUAAGAGAGAACUAUACGAUUAUUUGAGGAAAGAUGAUAUUGACAAUCACAGGUGUACAUUGUGAUUUUUUAAAUUUGCUUUAAUUAAUAUUAUGCCAACCUUUUUUUAAAAUAGAUUUUUUUAUAUUUUGUGAUGCUUGUAUAUUACUUAACUAGACUGGACGUCCUGUUAAUACCAGUGUUAUUUUAACACUGAAAGAUUUUUCCAGUGUAAAUAAAGCAUUUAUUUAUUAUUAUUAGCAAAGAUAGAGCCUCCCGUAUAAAGGUUUAUGUAUUACUCCGGCCAUGACAUGUUUUUCUUGUUCCCGACAAGGCCGUCAAGAAACUUUCUCUCAGUAUUUUUGUACUCACGUAUUUAUCCAGUGGAAAGUGUGGUAAACGAUCGAAGCCACCUCCUUCUCUGAUGGUCUUCUGCAAUAGUCGGCGAAGCCACGAUUCAACAACAGCCUUGUUUCCUGGCUUUAAAGGCUACAGAUAAUUACAGAUACGAUUCGAUAGAUUUUGUGGUUUGUCCCGGGUUCGUUCGUUCCGUAAAGACACUCACAUUGCAAACCACUUUUUUAUUAUGAAAGAUGUUUAUUCAGUUAGUGACCGGGCAGGCGGCUCGGAGGAAAAAUCCGCGUACUCUCAAUAGGAGUCGAACCUACGACCUUUUGGUUACUAGUCCGGCCAUUCUCUUCCACUUAAAGCUACAGCAGGAGACUCGACGGAGCCAAGGCGACUAAACUAGGUUAAUGUGACAAACGUCCUGCAUACAGCUUGGACUUGAAUGUCGAAAUGUGCUUAUACGCAUUAAUAGCGAGUCCUCGGGUUUUUUUCUUCCGAUGCGCUUCUGUCACUGGCUGAAUAAACAUUUUUCUCAUUUGUCCACUAGGCUGAAAAUUCACCAUCACAUUCUAUCACUUUUUUAAUUGAACUUUUAGGAUUUUACUCACCUUCCAACUGGCGGAGCAGUGUCGAUGGCAGUCGUUGUACCAAAGCUGUCUGCCCCUGGGAGAGACCUUUUACAGGUUGUUAUAUGUUUUCUUUGUUCUGGCUUGUGCAGAUUUUUAAAACGGGGGUUAUGCCACGAGGAUAUUGAUGUUUUAGGCCAAUUCUGUGCUGAAGUCAUAACUUAGCACCUUUAGUUUACCUAUUCACACAAAGCUCCUGUAGAGAUAUGAAGACGAUAUCAAUCAGAUUUCAUCAUAGGGCACUAUCCAUAAAAUUUUUUGGUGAUUUUUGCAGGCAUAGCCUUAAAACUUAAAAGAGAGUUGAAAUCCAUUCCAUCCUUGACAUCCGUGAUAUCCACAGACGACACUGAGGAAACAGUUUCAGUGCCGAAAUAUGGUCUUAAAUAACAAAACUCGACCAUUAGUUUUGGAAUUCACUUAAUGAGAAGACACGUCGUAGCUUUUUAAAAGGAUAGAAAAUAGCUUGACAUAUCAUAGUGAGCUGAGUCCUUGUUUUCGGUGCCGACAUAGGGUUGCGCUUGCCUCCUAGUUUGAUAAGGGAUGCGGAUUAGAAAACCACAAUAAAGAUAACGGUCUUGGCGACACAGUGAGCGAGACACACAUUUUAAAUCUUCAUAAGCCUACGGCCCCGGCUUUGUAGUCAAGAUAUCUUAAUUGGACACUGAAAAAUGUAAGCCAGGGCGCCGUGGUAAUACUUCCUCGUUCCGCUGGUGCGAUAUAUUGAAAAAAAUUCAUUGAAAUCGAUUCGGCUCAUGUGAAGAAGGGAAUUUAAACCGAGCCUAUGACACUCCACUCCUAAUGCCCCAAAGGUGAACUACAAGGUCGAUUUUGCAAGCUUUUUAAAACAGCACCAGAUAAAAAUACGUUCAAUUUCUGUAGCUUUUAUUUCAAAGAUCAAACUUACAUUUUCACCCUCGCACUAUUAAAAUUCAAACUAAAUAAUGUAAUCAUAAAAUGCAAAAAUCCGCAAAUGUGCUUGGCGCUGAAGGCCACGCCCUAAACCAAACAAGCAUCUUCUUUAGAACAUGAAUAUCAGUAUUUUGCAAAAAGCUUUGAUAUCAGUUUUGGGAAAUGCUAUUAACCAUUCUUAGGCUUUUUUUGCUGAUAUUUCCUCGGUCUUCUUUAGAAGGCGUUGGAUCACCUUGCUUAUAGUUUCGCCCAUUUUAUCUUCCUGUCGCCCCAAUUAUCCACCCAUCGGUCUCCGAUGCUGUAAUUUGCUUGCAAAAUUGAACAGUUCCUAACUGCAUUCAUUUCAUUUUUCCAGAAAUUGUUGGUUCUCAACCCCGCUCAUAGGAUAUCAGCCGAAGACGCCAUGCGGCAUCCCUACUUCUCCGACCUCAGUCCGUCGUUUCGCGCGUAAACCGACAAGAACAGACAUGAAGACCUUCAGAUGCCCCUUAACAUUCGCUCUGAGCCAUAUCCUUCAAGUAUAAAUCAUAUUGUAAUCAUAUUUUAGCCAAUCUUUAUUAAUAUGUUCAUAAAUG